AUGGCGGCGGCAGCGGCAGCGGUAGUGGCAGUGGGGGCUGCGGGCGGUUGGGGCUCCGGGCCGGGGCGGAGGCGCCAUCUUGUGCCCGGGGUCAGUGGGGAGGCCAGGGAGGGGGACCCGGGGGGCGCAGGGGACUAUGGGAAUGGCCUGGAGUCUGAGGAACUGGAGCCUGAGGAGCUGCUGCUGGAGCCUGAGCCGGAGCCUGAGCCAGAGCCAGAGCCCGAGCCUGAAAAGGAGCUGCCCUGGCCCCGUGCCCCACUGGGUACCCCAGGCCCUGGGCCUGCCUCAGAAGUCCCCGGCCGCCAUGAGGAGGAGGAGGAGCUGGGACUGGUCGAGGGGGACCCAGGGGACGGCGCCAUUGAAGACCCAGAGCUGGAAGAGAUUAAAGCUCGAGUCAGGGAGAUGGAGGAAGAAGCUGAGAAGCUAAAAGAGCUACAGAACGAGGUAGAGAAGCAGAUGAAUAUGAGUCCACCUCCAGGCAAUGCUGGCCGAGCGAUCAUGUCUAUCAAAGAGAAGAUGGAGGCUGAUGCCCGUUCCAUCUAUGUUGGCAAUGUGGACUAUGGUGCAACAGCACAAGAGCUGGAAGCACACUUUCAUGGCUGUGGUUCAGUCAACCGUGUUACCAUACUCUGUGACAGAUUUACUGGCCUUCCCAAAGGGUUUGCAUAUUUAGAGUUCUCAGACAAAGAGUCAGUGAGGACUUCCCUGGCCUUAGAUGAAUCCCUAUUUAGAGGAAGACAAAUCAAGGUAAUCCCAAAACGAACCAACAGACCAGGGAUCAGCACAACAGACCGGGCUUUCCCACCAGUCCGAUACCGUGCCCAGACCAGCAACUACAACACUUCCCGAGCUCGAUUCUACAGGGGUUUUAACAGCAGGCCCCGGGGUCGUGUCUACAGGGGCCGGGCUAGAGCGACUUCAUGGUAUUCCCCUUACUAAAAAAAAAAGUGUGUAUUCUGUUCACAUCUCUUUUAUCUGGACAAUAGAAAUACAACUCAGUAGCAGCUGCUAUGCAUCUCUUUUUAAUUUCCUGUUCAGUGAUAGCAUAUUGAUAGUUAGAAAUCAACCAUGAUGGCAAUAUUUACACCAUGGAAAUUGGCAAAUGCUACAAACCAGCCCUCUUCCCCUUUUUACAAAGUACCACUAACUAAACAU